AUGGCUGCAGCACCCACAGACGCCGAAAAGGCCGUCCCGGCUCAGACUGUUCCUCCACAGGUCGACCACGAUGAUCACAGCGACACGGAGAGCAUCAAGGCGGCGGCCCUCUUCCACAAGGCUCUCCGCAUGGGAAGAGUGGAAGAGAAGGGUAUCCAGCCCAUCCCCGUCGAGGAGCGAACUGUGACGCGCUUCUACAAUAUCUUUACUGUGUGGUGUUCCAUCAACUCGAAUAUCCUAGGAAUCACAUUUGGAAUGCUUGGUCCUUUGGCGUAUGGCCUGAGUUUAAGGGAUUCUUCUCUCGUUAUUCUCUUCUUUUGCAUGUUCUCGACAAUUGGGCCGGCGUACCUCGCCACUCUUGGACCAAAGACGGGAAUGAGGCAGAUGAUCCAAGCGCGAUACAGUUUCGGUCGCUACCUCGUCUCAAUCCCUGUUCUACUCAACCUCGCCACCCUAACCGGCUUCAUCGUCAUCAUCUACGUCGUCGGCGGGCAAUGUCUCUCAGCAGUCUCAGGCGGCAGUCUAUCCCCCGAUGUGGGAAUCGUCAUCAUCGGCCUCCUCUCCCUCUUCAUCUCCUUCUGCGGCUUCAAGGUCCUGCACUACUACGAGACGUACGCCUUCAUCCCCGCCAUCAUCGCCAUCACCAUCGCCACGGGAUGCGGAGGAUCGCAGCUCAUGAAGCAGGCUGCCCCAGCUGCGGCGCCUACUGCUGCGCAGAUUUUGAGCUUUGGCAUGAUUGUUGCGAGUUACAUGAUUCCUUGGGCGGCUAUUGCGAGCGAUUUGACGACGUAUUUCGAUCCCAAGGUUCCUUCGUGGAGGGUCUUUACGUACAGCUACUUUGGCCUCCUCACACCUACGAUUCUCCUCAUGACUCUUGGUGCUGCCAUUGCUGGCGCUCUCCCCAAUGUUCCCGAGUGGGAAAAGGCCUACGGCGAGACCCUUGUCGGUGGUGUCCUCGCAGCCAUGCUUUCAAGCGCAGGCGGUUUUGGAAAAUUCGUCGUCGUGAUCCUCUCCCUCACGCUCCUUGGCAACACGGGAGGAACCAUGUACGCCAUAACACUCAACUUCCAGACGCUCAUCCCAGGCCUGAUCAAGAUCCCCCGAUACGCCUUCGCCAUCGUCGUAACCGUCAUCGUGAUCCCGGUAGCCCUCCGAGCCCAGCGAGACUUUUUCGUCAACCUCGAGAACUUUGUCGCCCUCAUCGGAUACUGGUCCGCCUCCUUCAUCGGCAUCGUCACAGUCGAACACCUCGUCUUCCGUCGCGGCCGCUACGAAACCUACGACCACGCCAUCUGGAACGUAGCCUCCCAACUUCCCCUCGGAGUAGCAGCCCUCGCAGCGGGUGUCAUCUGCUACGGACUCGUGGUGCCGUGUAUGGCGCAGGUGUGGUGGACUGGACCUAUUGCCAAGACGACGGGCGACAUUGGCUUCGAGAUCGCGUUUGUGCUGAGCUCGUUGUUCUACAUUCCUUUCCGAUAUAUCGAGAAGAAGAUGACGGGGAGGUGA